GUUCCGGAAGAGAAAGCUUCACUUCCGGAGCAGCCGGAACAGGUUCGCUGUCCCGGCAACCCGAGAAAAGGCCGGCAGAGGGCGGUGUUGGAGAGCAGAUGGGAGGACCGGAGGCCCUUUGACGUGAGCCCGGAGGCCCUUUAUACACAAAAGCGUGUGGUCUGUUGACCAGCAGCAUAGCAUCACCUGAGAAGUUAGAAUUGCAGAGUCUCUGGCCUCAACACAGAUGUCAUGAUUCAGAACCUUCACUUGAACAAGAUCUCUGGGCGAUGAGCAUGUAUGUCAAGUUUGGAAGACACAUGGCUGAUUGUGUGGCUUACAGCUUCACAAAGGAAUCCACAUAUGGUCUGAAAACCGCCUCCCUACAUCAACUGGCCAGUUGGAGCCCCGGAGUCUUGUGCCUCCAAAGAAUUUGGCAGGUCAUUUGCCUGAAAUAUGAUCACUGCUCCUGAGGCAUCCUUUUGCUCCUGCUGUGUAGUGCCUGCCCUCAUCCUCAAUCUUUGUGUUGACAGCCACAUUGUUCCACUCUCCGUAAGAUGAAGGACCUCUUGGAUUGUGCUCCUCACCUCAUAAUGAGAAUUAUCAGCAAGCCUGGAUGGAUUCCUAAACAAUAUGUGAAACUGAGACCCUGAACCAUUAAAGGGCCUACCAAGGAUCACUCACCUCAGGCAGCAACUGAGGGAGCGCACAACUUCAGUCUUUUGACUUGUUCAUGUUUCCUUCCAUUAUUGACAUGUGCAGACUUCGACUUCUGGCCAUUGGAUCGUGGGCACUGCCAAUUUGUGUCUUGAAUGGAAUAACGAGGGUAUUAAGAUGCAUUUUCUAUGAGCCACCUCUGAACAUCACCCCUGUGAUAUCCUUUGGUGCCACUUUGCUGAUGGAAGAAGCUCGAGGUGAAUGACUUUUGAACCUUCAUCACUGAGGAUAACGUGAAGCUAGUCACUUGCCAUCUGGCUACACCUGAACAUGCCAAACCGCAUUACAUGGAAGGAGUUCCAGAAAGAUAUGUUGCAGACCCCAAGAAGGAAUGACUCCUUAGACAUGGGCAGAGCAAGGAAUGUGGUUGUACCCGGAGAGUGGCAAGUGCCUUCUGAUUAAAAUCUGGCAAUUCUGUGAAGCUGCUAGCUGGAGAGAACAAAACAGCUAAGGAUUCAAGCAUCUGACCAUUCUGGUGCAUCAUUCUCUUCUCAUUGGAACAUCUACAGAGUUUUAUUUCUGACUGUGAUUACUGGAGACCUGAAGGUGUUGAAGAUGAUUUAGUGAAGAAUAUGGGCCCAGGAAUCAAAUACACCCAGGCUGGCCAACUGGCUUUGUCACCUACUGACCAUGGCCCUAUGAUUUAUGCAGGAGCAGAGGCAGCACGCAAUCGAGCUGUCAAGAGAGCGUCAGCUUAUUAGGCAAAUGCUGCGUGGUUUCUGAAGAGGGUCGACGCUAUAAAAUCCCACUCCAGGCUCUGUUGUGGAGAAACUCAGAGCCCAAGUCCGUUGAGAGACUGAAGAGAAAGAUAAGAGGGGAAGAAAAAGAGAGUGAGGACAGAAAGGCGAAGGGAAGAAAACCCCUGAAAAAGCCCCGCAGACGUCCCUCUGCAGAGAGGCGGCAGCGCCCCACUCACCUGCAGAAGCACCUCAGAAGCGAGCGCCCCUACCAUGCGGCUGCCGCUGCUCUUGUCCGCGGGCGUCUUGCUGGUGGCUCUCCUGCCCUGCCCGCCAUGCAGGGCCCUCCUCAGCCGGGGGCCCAUCCCGGGCGCCCGGCAGGCCCCGCAGCACCCCCAGCCCCUGGAUUUCUUCCAGCUGCCGCAGCAACCUCAGCAGCCCCAACAGCCGCAGGCUCGGCCCGUCCUGCUCCGCAUGGGGGAGGAAUAUUUCCUCCGCCUGGGUAACCUCAACAAGAGCCCCGCUGCUCCCCUCUUGCCCGCCUCUUCACCUGUCGCUGGAGGCAGCGGCAGCCGCCUUUCGCCGGACGAGGCGGCUGCCAACUUUUUCCGCGCUUUGCUGCAGCAGCUGCCGCUGCCCCGGCGCCCGCUCGACAGCCCCGCAGGUCCCGCCGAGCGCAGAGCCGAGAACGCCCUCGGCAGCCGCCAGGAGACACCGGAGAGGGAGAGGCGAUCCGAGGAACCUCCCAUCUCGCUGGAUCUCACCUUCCACCUCCUACGAGAAGUCUUGGAAAUGGCCAGGGCUGAGCAGUUAGCGCAGCAAGCUCACAGCAACAGGAAACUGAUGGAGAUUAUUGGGAAAUAAAACGGUGCGUUUGGCCAAAAAGAUGCAGCAUUUAGCACACACAAAAAAAAAAAUGAAAAAAAAAAUUAAUAAAGUAUCCUGUAUCAUCGCAUUGCUCUAAUACCAUUUGUUUAUUUUUUUAUAGCUUGAAGCCUAGCCGAUAUACAGCCAGAGAGCCUAUACUCCUUAAUUAGCAUGCACAAAGUGUAUUCACGUGCAGUAACAGCAACAAAAUGUUAUUUGUAUUGUCUACUCUGAGUUUCCAUUUCCAGGUGUCUUUAAUGGUGUUUAGAAAGUAUAGACCCAGAAGGAAAUGUUUUGAAGCAGACAGAAGUCACCCAAUUUAUUUUGUUGUGGUCUGAGCCAAAGAGAAUGUCAUUCUCUUGGGUGGGUGAAACAAAAUCUGUAAGCUCUUUGAAUCAACCUUUCCUUGUAAACGUUUCGGUAAUAAAACAUCUUUCCAAUCCUUGGUCAAUUUGGUUGUGUAAGAGAAUGUUGAAUAUUUAUAUUUUUAAUAAAAGCUGCAAAGAUAAUG